AUGCGUACUGACAUUCCCUGCUGCGCCUGUAGCUGGUCUUCAACACGUCAGCAUUCUUGUCGCUAUGAGAGCCAUGUGAAGCUGGUCUACGGAGUCAGCGACCGUGGUGUCUGGUCCGUAGGGUCUAAAUUGAUCCUGAAGGAGAGAUCAAACCAGCCACCGGAUAAUGAAGCUCCUAAUAUUCGUCUAAUACAAGAGAAGACUACAAUCCCGGUGCCUAGCAUCGUUGAAGAAUGGACUGAAAGCAAUGGACGACAUUUUACAGUCAUGCAUCGCGUCCCUGGGACUACGUUACAAGCAAUGUGGAGCAAGCUCUCAAGAGAUGACAAAGAACGUAUCGCAGUACAAACAGCCGAGUCUCUCCAACAGCUUCGGCAGCUCCAUUCCCAUCACUUGGCGAGUGUGGAUAUGAAGCCGCUAUACUCGGCUUUCCUCUUUCCACCCGACUAUGGCAUCCCUCAUGGCCCCUUCGCCUCCGAUGAUGACCUCUGGGCUGAAUUAAAAAAAGCUCUGAGAGGAGUACCCGAGAAGGCUUGUCAGCGUUUGCGACAACGAAUGCCUUCUACAGGCCCUUUCACUUUUACUCAUGGGGACUUAAACAGUGGUAACAUCAUGGUGGAGAACGGCAAUCUCACAGGUAUUUUGGAUUGGGAGGCAAGUGGGUACUUCCCCGUAUGGUGGGAAUAUACUGCCGCUGGAAUUGGUCUUGGAUCGGAAGACAAAGAAUGGAAGACGAUCUUACGCAAACAUAUGGCACCACACGAAGAUGCACGCGGGUUUUGGCUUGAUUUCUACUCGAUUUCCAAAUUUCCGGAUCUAAAACCACACGGACAAGCGUUACUAGAAGAACUACUCAUCUGAAAAUGAGCAAAUACAAGUAUUUUUAAAUUUAAAUGGCCUAGUACAUAAGGUCUAGAGCUUGAACUAUAAUGACCGUUAUUCCU